AUGACAGACGUACCAGUGACAUUCAGUCAGGUGGAGUGUAAUGGGGAUACACCCCCUGAGAACGGUCAACAAAAGAUCGCUAAAAUCACAGAAGCAGCCAGUGACGUGGAUGGCACCCCACCAUACUGCAGGGUAGAACCUAGACUUGAUGUACCCACAGAAAGAAAUCAGGAGAAAAGUGAAAAAUUACAAGAGGACGUACUGCUCAGCUCGUCCAUGGAUGAGAAGAUUCUAAAAGAAAAACCAGAAGAGAAGCUCUAUGUUGUUCAUAAGGCUAUCACAGAUCUUUCUCUCCAAGAAACAAGUGUUGAUGAAAUGGCAUUGAGAGAAGGGCAUCAGUGGGAGAAGAUUCCAUUGAGCAGCAGCAAUCAAGAAAUAAGCAGACAAAAGGAAAGGAUUGCUGAACAACCUCUAGAGGAGAGAGAAGAUGAGGAGCUGGAGAACACAGCUCUUCAGGCAACUGAAAUUGAAUGGUUAGGAUUUCGGAAACCUAGCCAGGUUGAUGUGUCACAUUCCAAGCAGGAUGAGGAGCAAGAGGUUUGGGAUGAAGAAAUUAAUAAUGAUGAUGAUGAUUGCAAAGAUGAUGAAGAUGAAGUUCGUGUGAUAGAAUUUAAGAAAAAAAAUGAAGAGGAUACUCAAUUAAAAGAGGAAGGUGAUGCAAGUGAGGACUCCCCACUGAGCAGCCCCAGUUCCCAACCUGUCACACCUGAUGAGCAGCCAACCUUCGGGAAGAAGGGUGAUUUCUCCAGAAAUGCUUAUUCAAGAUACAAUACGAUAUCCUAUCGGAAAAUCAGAAAGGGGAACACCAAGCAAAGAAUUGAUGAAUUCGAGUCUAUGGUAAACUAACUGGAACUGAGAAGUUCUCAUGCCCACUAAAGCAAAAGCUAAUUCGGUUUUUCUGAUAUGUAUCUUUGUUGCCUUCUUUGAGUUGCUCCCUUUAAAGAAGUGGAAGCUGAAUCUCUGUUUCACUGUAGAGUAAUGUGGAAAUAACCCUAGC